AUGACAUCUGGAAACGAACCUACUAGGAAGGAGUUAGAGUUACUCAAUUGUGAGAUUAAUGAUGUCGUUCAAAUAGAUGUUAUAAAGACAGACCAGGACAAUGAUGGAAAGUAUUGUCAUGAAGAAGAUCUUAAACACUAUGAGAAUGAUCAGAAGAAAGUCAAGGUUGAAAAGGUAAAAGAUUCUGGUCAGCUUGGAAAUUAUGUUGCUUAUGAACAUACUCCAAACCCGUCUGGAAAGUUUAACAUAUCUGGAUUUUUUAAGGGUUAUAGACACAAAAUCGAGCUUAAAGGUUUAAGUCUUCCAAUCAAGGAUGCUAACAGGCUGGUCGUUUAUUUUUGCAAGGGUGAAGUUACAAAUACUACUGCAACUAAUCCUCUCCUCAUCUAUGUACCAGAUACAAGUGGCAAGAAUCGAUGGUUUAAAAAGCCAGAGAGUAAUAUAGCCAGUAUUUUUCCUAUCUGGAAAGAGGUUAAUGGCUUCAAUGAAAGGAAAGAAAGUGAUUAUGAUGAAAUUUUAAAAGUUUUGGACACUCUUAAUAGUUCUUGCAAGCCUCCUUCUGUAGUUAUAGAUAUUUAUCAGAGAAAAGAGCCUAAAGAACCUACUACUUAUGAAAGUUCUUCUACCGUAGAGGUUAAACCAAUUUCUAAUCCACAAGUUAAAGGUUUUGCCGAAUAUGUUCACACCAUACGAGGGAGAGCAAGUAAUUACUUCAGUGUUAAAGAGUUCCAAUAUAAGAGUGAGAAGAUUACAGAAGGAUUAAAAGGACCUGUGGAUAAAAUUACCGGUAUCUCUGUCUUCUACUGGACUGCUCUAGAGACUCCUUUAAAGAAGGAUAACAGUAUACCUCUUCUUGUAAUUGUGGCCACCAAAGCACCUGGUAGAUCGGAGAAGAUUACUUGUUACGAUAACAUUGGGACAGAUACUUAUAACACAAAUUGGAAGCCUGAUAAAACUCUUCCACCUACCAAGAAGGCUCUAGAAAGCAAGCUCAAACAUCUCAACUGUAAACUCAAUAAUGCUGUAAUAAUAGAUGUAAGCCAGAAGAGAAGUCCUGGUAACUACGAUGUUUGUAAUGAUCAUUAUGGUGGCGAGAAAAUGCAAGUUAAGAAGGACAAAAUUUCUGACAGACUUGGAAGUUAUGAAGUUUACACUCACAAACUUAAGAAUCCUCCUGGUGGAAAGAAGUUUCAUGUAGUAUCUUUUAAAAAUGGUGCUCAUAUAAUAACCUUCAAUGGACUGGGAACUCCCGAUAUACCAAUUCUAGAUGUGAGCGAAGUAAGAGUCUACUUUUGUCCAGGUGAUCCUGAAAAACCUCUACUCUUGUACUACAAGACUGGAAACAUCCAUAACUGGUACAAGAAUGAUAAUACUGCUAUUAAGGCUGGUAAAUGGGUAUAUACAGGUGGUUUAUCUAACACUGAUGAUGCUACUCAAUAUGAAAAGAUCCGUGGAGUACUCAAUAGUCUUCAGAGUAGCUGCAAUCCUGAUACUGGAGGAAACACUUCUUCUCUUGUUGACCCUGUUUCUGGUGGUGUCCUCGCUGGAUAUAUCAUCCCUUCUGUGUUUGGUGGAAGCGCCGCAACAUUUUUUGGAGGAUGGAAACUUUAUAAGAACUUUAAAGGAGAUCCUUGGGUUAGAUGA